CGUAGUGAUUAUAUGCUCUUUGUAUUACACUACUCUUCUCUUUCCGCACAGACUAGACUAGGUACAGUACAGUAGGUAGAAAUAAAAUAUUUCACAUGUUAAAUGCUUAUUUAUUUUUAAUUAAUAAAGGUAAGAAAGAUUAAGUUUCAAAUCAAAAGCGAUGUUGCUGGAAGUUUGAAGAAACUUGGUCAACAUUUUCCAAUUAUUAGUCACAGUUCGAUGACAAAUGAAAAAGUAUUUGAAUCUCAAUAUCGAAAUAUAGAAGAGGUGAUGAAAAAUGCUGUUGAAGCCAUAGGUAUGAUGAGUUAAAGAAUUUGUUCAAUAUUUUAACGGCAUAAUAAUAAUAAUCCUUUAUUUCACAUGCAGGAAAAACCGGCACUCUCGACUUACCUACAGAUUUCAAUAGUUUCGUAAAGCUAUGUCUCUUGGACCCAAAAAUGCCCUUAAUAAUUAAUGAAACCCAGAAAAUUAUAGAGGAAUUAAAUAAAUUUUAACAGUUUUUAUAUUACAUAGAACAAUAGGUUGUAUUUUUGAUGAUUUUGUUAUAUUAUUUGUAUUUAUGAAUGGAUCGUUAAAGUUCUGGCUGUCAACUGUCAAACAACCAAGUUUCCAUGCAAGAAAAAAACGAAGUUUAAAAUUUGUAACUGCCGUUGGUGAUAAAAAGUGUUUGUUUUGUUGUGAUUGUGGUUUUAUUUUCGAAUAAGUUGUAAUUAUUAUAACACCCAACUGUACAAUCAUUUACAACAUGAUCCCUACAAGAUUUGUUCCGGGGCAGGCUCCCCGAAAAUCAAGAUUGGAAGGGAGGCAAUCGUUCUUGCCCCGCCGCCUUGGUUCUACGGACCGGUUGUCGGACUCGCGGCGGCCAAGCGGCGCGGGCCCGCGCUCCAACAGCGCCGAGCCGGGCCGCGCCUCCGUCGCCGUCAGUAGGCUCAGUCGUGAGGCUUCGGCUACCAAGCUGCCUGUAAAUAGCCGGUCCCGCUCCCAGCAAGGAGACUCCCGCUAUGGCCAGCCUACUACCACCCCGCUCAGAAACCACCAAUACUUGAGGCCGACUACUACACCUGUGCGCACCCCAUCAGCAGACAGAUCCCGUGGCUGGGAAGCAUCUCUUGACAGGGCUCUUGCUUGUGUAACUGUCAGGGAUCAAAGACCAAUCGCAAAUAUAGCGUGGCAGCGCGCAGAGCUCGCCCGCGUGCAAGAAGCACUCGCAGCCCGAGGCGACGCGGGCGCGGCGCUCCUCCGGCCGCUCACCAUCGCGCGCUUCGUGGACAUCGCCGGAGCUCUGCUCACUGCCAUCACGGGAGACGAUAGGUUGAACAACGACAACUAUGUUACCAAGCUGCCACACAUGUGCAAGCGGCUGCUGUACCCGGGCACGGUGUCCAAAUCAUGGCUGAAGGCGGUCAACACACUUCACGCCUUCCCACAAGCGUUGGCGCUCAUCGCUUACCUAUUGGAUCUUCUACGGCGGAUUGAAGCGCCAGUCAAUGAGGAAUCGCUGUACGUGGACAACGACGAGCUGAGCCAACUGCGGCGCGAGUACCUUCGUAAAUGCUUCAUCAGGUUCCAAACACCGGACGCCGAAUACGACGACAUAACAGACGAAUACCUGCAGCAACUGAGACAGCUGCUCGGCGUCGAUGAUGAGAAAAUACGAGAGUUGCAAGAAGCUAUCAAGGAACAAGAGCAAGCCCUAUCGGAGGAGGUGGAAUCCUCUGCGUGCGGGCGCGCGGGCGAGGCGGCGCGCGCGGCGCGGCGGGACGCGCUGCAGCAGGCCGCGCGCGCCGCCCGCCACAACAUGCACAACGCGCGCGCGCUGCUGGCGGCCGCGCGCGCGCACGCCCGGGACAAGGCCGACGAGAUCAGUGCGGUGGACGCGGACAUUGCACGAGCCACUGCGGAAACGGCGCAGUUGCGCAAGGAAUUGGAGUCGCAGUCCAUGUCGGUGGAGGAGCGCGGCCGGUUGCUGGACGAAGUGGAUUACGCGGCAAGGGUCUACGAGUCUAAGCGGGUGCUUGCUGAACAGAUCGCCAAGAUGCUGCACAGCAGAGAGACAGAGCUGGCUCUGUGGCAGAAGAAGACACUGGACAGCUGCGUAGAGUACAAGCAGGGGCUUAUCCAUCUCGGCGCGCAGUUCCCGGAGCUGGCCGCGCUGGCCGUGGACGAAACCAAGCUAAUGGAGCCGUCCAGCGUGGCAGCGGCCAGCUCGGCCCUGGAAGCACUGAAGCAGCUCUCCGGCCAGCUCGCCCAGCGCCGCGCGCAGCUCGCCAGGACUCGCUCCACCCUCGCCGUGCAGCGGCAGGCUAAACUGCAAGAAGCCAGAGUAGCAAUAGCAGACCUCAAAACAAAAAUCCUCGCAGCGGAACAAGCUUGCGAGGCCGACACCGCCGCCGAGGCCGCUGAAGAGGCCGCCGAGGCACAAUACGAGGCCGAAGCCACCACCAAGCUGCAGGCCUAUAGGGAGAAAGAUGAGGAGUUCAGGAAGGUGCAUGAGGAGAUGGUGUUCUGGAAGAAACAGGAUGAAGCUUGGAAGGCGAAGUUGUCAGCGAUGCGCGAGUACAUCCGCUCGCAGCAGGAGCGCCUGCCCGCGCUGCUGCGGCGCGCGCUCGCAGCCCGCGCCGCGCUGCUGGCCGAGAGCCUCGCGCACUGGACUACACUCACGGAACGAAUCGAUAUCGACGAAUAAACUAUGCUUUAAUGUUAUAAUUAUGUACUUGUAAUGUAUUUUUAUGUCUAGUAUUUAGCAUUUAGAAUAUUAAAUUUAGAUGAUGUCGCAAGAUUAAUAUUUACAGGUACAGUAGGUGUGUACAGUACCGGCCAAUAAUAUAUCAUCUUUGUGUGUUUGAACUUGUAUAGUAAACGAUAUAGGUUUGUUUGUAGA